AUGAAUGCCUGGAGCCUCCUCCUCCUGGUGGGCCUCCUGGCUUUGGGGAGCCAGCUGCCUGCUGCCUCAGGCAGGAGGAAGGGAGAGAGACACGGGGGAUGUCCACCAGAUGAUGGGCCCUGCCUCCUGUCAGUGCCUGACCAGUGCAUGGAUGACAGCCAGUGUCCCUCGAGGAUGAAGUGCUGCCACAAAAGUUGCUUCCGUCAGUGUGUCCGCAGGGUCACAGUAAAGCAGGGCGCCUGCCCCGAGGACCUCCUGCGCUGCCUCAGCCCCGUUCAGCACCUGUGCCACCAGGACUCAGACUGCCCGGGCAGCAGCCGGUGCUGCCUCAGCGCCUGCGGCCGGGACUGCCGGAGCCCUGUCAGAGGUGCAACCUGUGAAUGUGUGUUAUAUGGCAAAAAGGAGAUUGUCCUGGGCGGGUCUGGACAAUCAGGUGUCCUGGCUUAA